AUGUGCAGGACACUGUGGACAAAGUGCCUCCGUCUCCUUCAUGUGCAGGACACUGUGGACAGAGACAAAGUGCCUCCGUCUCCUUCAUGUGCGGGACACUGUGGACAAAGUGCCUCCGUCUCCUUCAUGUGCGGGACACUGUGGACAAAGUGCCUCCGUCUCCUUCAUGUGCAGGACACUGUGGACAGAGACAAAGUGCCUCCGUCUCCUUCAUGUGCGGGACACUGUGGACAAAGUGCCUCCGUCUCCUUCAUGUGCGGGACACUGUGGACAAAGUGCCUCCGUCUCCUUCAUGUGCAGGACACUGUGGACAAAGUGCCUCCGUCUCCUUCAUGUGCAGGACACUGUGGACAGAGACAAAGUGCCUCCGUCUCCUUCAUGUGCAGGACACUGUGGACAAAGUGCCUCCGUCUCCUUCAUGUGCAGGACACUGUGGACAGAGACAAAGUGCCGGGUGCACAGGAGGCUGCACUCUGA